GGGUUACUAUUUCGUCUCUCAGAAUGGAAACCAUGAGAGAUUUGGAUGAUGAGGAGGAGGACACAACUUCAGUGUCCAGAAAACCUCCAGAUUUGAGUAAAACACUUGGAGCAUCUGCCACAAGACAGAGAGCAGAGUCUCCAGUCCCCAGCUGUCUGUCUCUGAAGAGUGACCGGUCUAUGGCGGAAACCUAUCUACUUCAGUAAUGAACCUGGACCCUCAGACACAGAAGGGAAGAGGAAGAGUGGUGUUCCUGUGGAGGAGCAGCUGUCCAGCUGUGCUCUGUGUCAGGACGUCCUGAAGGAUCCAGUCUCUACCAGCUGUGGACACUGGUUCUGCAGACAGUGCAUCACCUCAUACUGGGAGCAGCGCCCUCCAUCAGGAGACCCCUCCUGUCCCCAGUGUGGAAAGAGAUCCAGAACCAGAGCUGGACUGCAGACAGCCAGUCAGACCAGAACAGUAAAAAAACGUGGUCUGCAGGAGGUUCUAGAUGAACAUAGGCUCAGUCUGAGGAGGAGAUGUGAACGUGUGACUGAAGGAACUGAUCAAAGUGAAACCCUCCUCAACAGGAUCUUCACUGAGCUCUACAUCACACAAGGCCUGAGUGAAGAGGUUAAUACCCAACAUGAGGUGAGGCAGCUGGAGACAGCUUCCAAGAAGAAGCCCCUCCAUGACACUCCAAUCAAGUUCCAGGACAUCUUUUAAAGCCUUACCUGACCAACAGACUCUCAUCAGAGCGGUCCUGACCAACGGAGUCGCUGGAGUUGGAAAAACCGUCUCAGUGCAGAAGUUCACUCUGGACUGGGCCGAGGGUUUGGGGAACCAAGAUGUCAGUCUGGUGAUCCCGCUCUCCUUCAGGGAGCUGAACCUGAUCAAAGGUGAGCAGUACAGUCUUCUCAGGCUGCUCCAUGUUUUCCAUCCAACCUUACAGAAGGUCACAGCAGAGCAGCUGGCUGGCUGUAAAGUGCUGCUCAUCUUUGACGGCCUGGAUGAAAGCAGACUUUCUCUGGACUUCAGAAACAAUGAGGUUGUGUCUGAUGUCUCACAGCAGUCCUCAGUCAACGUGCUGCUGACAAACCUCAUCAGGGGGAAGCUGCUUCCCUCGGCUCUCGUCUGGAUAACUUCCAGACCUGCAGCGGCCAAUCAGAUCCCUCCUGAGUGUGUGGACAGGGUAACAGAAGUACGAGGCUUCACUGACGCCCAGAAGGAGGAGUACUUCAGGAGGAGAUCGAGUGAUGAAGACCUGUCCAGCAGAAUCAUCUCUCAAAUCAAGAGCUCCAGGAGCCUCCACAUCAUGUGUAUGAUCCCAGUCUUCUGCUGGAUCACUGCUGCAGUUCUGGACCACAUGUUGACUACAGACCAGAGAGGAGAGCUGCCCCAGACCCUCACUGACAUGUACUCACACUUCCUGCUGGUCCAGACCAAGAGGAAGAAGCAGAAGUAUGAAGAGGGACAUGAGACGAGUCCACAGCAGCUGACGGAGGCUGACAGGGAGCUUCUUCUGAAGCUGGGGAGGCUGGCGUAUGAACAUCUGGAGAAAGGAGACAUCAUGUUCUACCAAGAAGACCUGCAGCGCUGUGGUCUUGGUGUCACCGAGGCCUUGGUGCACUCAGGAGUUUGUACAGAGAUCUUCAAAAGAGAGAGUGUGAUCUUCCAGAAAACAGUCUACUGCUUUGUUCAUCUGAGCAUUCAGGAGUUUCUGGCUGCAGUCUACUUGUUGCACUGUUACACCAGCAGAGACACAGAGGUGCUGAAGGACUUCCUGCAGGGAGACUGGGACGAUGACAAUGAUAGCAGGGAUCAGGAUUACCCAUCCCUGGAUGUCUUCCUAAAGAGAGCCAUGGAGAAAUCCCUCAGAAGUAGAAAUGGCCACCUGGACCUGUUUGUCCGCUCCCUCCACGGCCUCUCUCUGGAGUCCAACCAGAGUCUGUUAGGAGGCCUGCUGGGUCGCACAGACAACAGACCAGAAACCAUCCAGAGAGCCAUCAGCAACCUGAAGAAGAUGAGAAGUGAUGAAGACUCUGAUGAAAGGAGCCUCAACAUCCUCCACUGUCUGACAGAGAUGAAGGACCACUCAGUACAUCAGGAGAUCACAGAGUUCCUGAAGUCAGAGAACAAAUCAGAGAAGAGACUCUCUGUGAAACGCUGCCCUGCUCCGGCCUACAGGCUGGAGAUGUCAGAGGAGGUUCUGGAUGAGUUGGACCUGGAGAAGUCCAAAACAUCAGAGGAGGGACGACGGAGACUGACUCCAGCUGUGAGGAACUGCAGGAAGGCUGUAAUUCCUGACAGUGGAUUCUUAGACUGGGAAGUCGUGGCCUCAGCUCUGAAGUCUGACCCCUCCAAUCUGAGAGAGCUGGAGCUGGGAGUAGACCUGCAGGAUUCAGAGGUGGAGCAGCUGAGUUCUGGACUAAAGAGUCCAAACUGUAGACUGAAGACUCUGAGACUGAGGAGCUGCAGUUUGUCAGAGAUCAGCUGUUCUGCUCUGAUCUCAGCUCUGAAGUCCAACAUCCAUCUGAGAGAGCUGGACCUGAGUAGCAACGCUCUGCAGGAUUCAGGAGAGCUGCUGAGAGAUCUUCUGGAGAGUCCAGACUGCAGACUGGAGACUCUCAGUCUGAGGUGGUGCAGUUUGUCAGAGAUCAGCUGUUCUGCUCUGGCCUCAGCUCUGAAGUCCAACAUCCAUCUGAGAGAGCUGGACCUGAGUGAGAACGCUCUGCAGGAUUCAGGAGAGCUGCUGAGAGAUCUUCUGGAGAGUCCAGACUGCAGACUGGAGACUCUCAGGAUCAGAGGAGGAGAGACGAUCACAGCCAAGAUCCAGAAGAAAUCAGAUAGUGGUCUGCAGAAGGUUUUAGAUGAACAUAGGCUCAGUCUGAGGAGGAGAUGUGAACGUGUGACUGAAGGAACUGAUAAAAGUGAAACCCUCCUCAACAGCAUCUUCACUGAGCUCUACAUCACACAAGGCCAGAGUGAAGAGGUUAAUACCCAACAUGAGGUGAGGCAGCUGGAGACAGCUUCCAAGAAGAAGCCCCUCCAUGACACUCCAAUCAAGUGCCAGGACAUCUUUAAAGCCUCACCUGACCAACAGACUCCCAUCAGAGCGGUCCUGACCAAUGGAGUCGCUGGAGUUGGAAAAACCUUCUCAGUGCAGAAGUUCACUCUGGACUGGGCCGAGGGUUUGGGGAACCAAGAUGUCAGUCUGGUGAUCCCGCUCUCCUUCAGGGAGCUGAACCUGAUCAAAGGAGAGCAGUACAGUCUUCUCAGGCUGCUCCAUGUUUUCCAUCCAACCUUACAGAAGGUCACAGCAGAGCAGCUGGCUGUCUGCAAAGUGCUGCUCAUCUUUGACGGCCUGGAUGAAAGCAGACUUUCUCUGGACUUCAGAAACAAUGAGGUUGUGUCUGAUGUCUCACAGCAGUCCUCAGUCAACGUGCUGCUGACAAACCUCAUCAGGGGGAAGCUGCUUCCCUCGGCUCUCGUCUGGAUAACUUCCAGACCUGCAGCGGCCAAUCAGAUCCCUCCUGAGUGUGUGGACAGGGUAACAGAAGUACGAGGCUUCACUGACGCCCAGAAGGAGGAGUACUUCAGGAGGAGAUCGAGUGAUGAAGACCUGUCCAGCAGAAUCAUCUCUCACAUCAAGAGCUCCAGGAGCCUCCACAUCAUGUGUAUGAUCCCAGUCUUCUGCUGGAUCACUGCUGCAGUUCUGGACCACAUGUUGACUACAGACCAGAGAGGAGAGCUGCCCCAGACCCUCACUGACGUGUACUCACACUUCCUGCUGGUCCAGACACAGAGGAAGAAGCAGAAGUAUGAAGAGGGACAUGAGACGAGUCCCCAGCAGCUGACGGAGGCUGACAGGGAGCUUCUUCUGAAGCUGGGGAGGCUGGCGUUUGAACAUCUGGAGAAAGGAAACAUCAUGUUCUACCAAGAAGACCUGCAGCGCUGUGGUCUUGAUGUCACCGAGGCCUUGGUGCACUCAGGAGUUUGUACAGAGAUCUUCAAAAGAGAGAGUGUGAUCUUCCAGAAAACAGUCUACUGCUUUGUUCAUCUGAGCGUUCAGGAGUUUCUGGCUGCAGUCUACUUGUUGCACUGUUACACCAACAGAGACACAGCGGUACUGAAGGACUUCCUGAAGAGAGACUGGCCCUAUGAGAACAGUAAAAACCGUGAUCAGGAUUACCCAUCCCUGGAUGUCUUUCUAAAAGGAGCCAUGAAGAAAUCCCUCCAAAGCAGAAAUGGCCACCUGGACCUGUUUGUCCGCUUUCUCCACGGCCUCUCUCUGGAGUCCAACCAGAGACUGUUAGGAGGCCUGCUGGGUCGCACAGACAACAGACCAGAAACCAUCCAGAGAGCUAUCAACAACCUGAAGAAGAUGAGAAGUGAUGAAGUCUCUCCUGGCAGGAGCAUCAACAUCCUCUACUGUCUGACAGAUAUGAAGGACCUCUCAGUAAAUCAGGAGAUCACAGAGUUCCUGAAGUCAGGGAACAGAUCAAAGGAACUCUCUAUGAUCCACUGCUCUGCUCUGGCAGACAUGCUGCAGAUGUCAGAGGAGGUUCUGGAUGAGUUUGACCUGAAGAAGUACAAAACAUCAGCGGAGGGGAAACUAAGACUGAUUCCAGCUGUGAGGAACUGCAGGAAGGCCAAACUUACUGACUGUAAACUCUCAGAGGCUGAAUGUGAAGUCGUGGCCUCAGCUCUGAAGUCUGACCCCUCCCAUCUGAGAGAUCUGGACCUGAGUCACAACGCUCUGGAGGAUUCAGGAGUGGAGCGUCUGAGUUCUGGACUAAAGAGUCCAAACUGCAGACUGGAGACUCUCAGACUGGAGAGCUGCAGUUUGUCAGAGAUCAGCUGUUCUGUUCUGGCCUCAGCUCUGAAGUCCAACCCCUCCCAUCUGAGAGAUCUGAACCUGAGUCUCAAUGAUCUGCAGGAUUCAGGAGUGGAGCUGCUGAGAGAUCUUCUGGAGAGUCCAGACUGCAGACUGGAGACUCUCAGACUGGAGAGCUGCAGUUUGUCAGAGAUCAGCUGUUCUGCUCUGGCCUCAGCUCUGAAGUCUGACCCCUCCAGUCUGAGAGAGCUGGACCUGAGUAAGAACAAGCUGAAGGAUUCAGGAGUGAAGCUGCUGAGAGAUCUUCUGGAGAGUCCAGACUGCAGACUGGAGACUCUCAGACUGAGCUGCUGCAGGUUGUCAGAGAUCAGCUGUUCUGCUCUGAUCUCAGCUCUGAAGUCCAACAUCCAUCUGAGAGAGCUGGACCUGAGUCUCAACGCUCUGCAGGAUUCAGAUGAGAAGCUGCUGAGAGAUCUUCUGGAGAGUCCAGACUGCAGACUGGAGACCCUCAGGAUCAGAAAAGAGACGAUCAGAGCCAAGAUCCAGAAGACCUGUGUCUCCGAUGUGGAACAGGAAGUGAAGACAGACACAAAGGCUCCUGAAUCCUUCUCACCUGAACACACAACUGAGUCUUCAUACAGGUUCAGGUGUCCUGGUUCAGGUGCGUUCCAGUGUGCUUCGACUGGCCUGGUGUUCGUCAUGGCUCAGGAGGCGGAGCUUCUGUACAGGACGGUCCCUUGGGAUGAGAGUCUCCUCCAAUCAGCUGGCAAGCAGGCAGCAGGGCCACUGUUCGACGUGAAGAGUUCUGAUGAAGCUGCCGUAUGCCAGCUCCGUCUGCCACACAGUGAGACAGAGGAUGCGCUGCUCCUGGACGGCCUGUUGUCUGUCGUCCACAUCACUGAGGAAGGCCUGAGCAUCCUGGAGCCGCUGGAGAUCACACACACCCACGUGGUGGUGAAGGUGCCUCACCUCUCUCUCUAUGGCCUGGUCUGCGAUAUCCUUAAAAGGGUUCUGUUUCUGCGGAUAAAGGGCCAAGUUCUGCUGUUCCUUCAACCCCCGGGCAGAGAAGAUCAAAUACUGGAUGUAUUUCUGCUGCAGAAAAACGUCCCUAAGGAGGUUGUUAAACAACAAGGACGUGCAGUGCACAUCAAAAUCCCCCGUGACUGUGAGCUGGAACUGUAUAAAGGUUACAGUGUGCACUGUGACCCUGAGGGCUUCCAUAUUCAGCCUGAGCGUCAAAAAUUUGACUCAAGUUUUGGAGAAGAUUACAAUCCAACAUUUCAAGUUUUCGUAAAGACGGGUACAGAGAGAAUGGAUUUGAAGGUCAAGGACCAAGAUGGAAAUGUAGUCUGGAAUUGUCUCGUGCCACUGGAAGAGAGCAGAGUCCCAUCAGAGAGCAGAGUCCCAUCAGAGAGCAGAGUCCUAUCAGAGAGCAGAGUCCCAGCAGACCAGAGGCUGCUCUCAGUUCGGACUGAGUUCAUUCAAAGAGUGUCUCCAACUAUCCUGAACGACCUUCUGGAUAAACUCUUUGAGUCUGAAGUGAUCAGUGAAUCUGAAAUGACGUCGGCCAGAACCAAACCUCAAAAUGCCGGAGCACGAGAGGUGGUGGACGUGGUGCGAAAUAAAGGAGCUGCAGCCAGCAGGGUUCUGAUCAAUGCUCUCCGAGAGCUGGACCCGUAUCUUUACGAAGAGCUCAACUUGAGCUGAGGCAAAACCUCGUGGAGGGUGUGUGACAGUUGAAGUCUAGUCCUCUGUUUUGUUACCUGUACAGAUGUAGCGCUUCAUUUCAGACGCCUACCCGUGCGGGUCCGUGAUCGGCACGGGGUGGGCCCCUGCUGAAAAGGAAAACCCCCCCGCAGGACUUGAAACGCCCCCUUGAUAAAUACAUUUAAUUAUAAUGAAACCAGCUGCAAUGGAUAAUGGAUCCACCAGGGGG